AUGCCUGGAAACGCCCCUUUCUCAUGGAUGUUUCCCACCUCCACGCUGUGCGUCAGGUGCUGCUGGGUUGUCCCGUCCUGCCCCGUUGUUUUGGGCUUUGCGCAGGCGCACUAAGGGUAUACCUUCCCCCCUCAAUUCUCUUGCCCCCCCCCCGCCACGGAUUUCUGAGGAGAUUGUGGGGGGGUUGUAACCGCCGCCACCACCAUUAUGGGAAGGAAGUCUAGUAAAGGCAAGGAGAAGAAACAGAAACGACUGGAAGAGCGGGCAGCCAUGGAUGCUGUCUGUGCCAAGGUGGAAGCUGCCAACAAACUGGUUGACCCACUGGAAGCUUUCCCCGUGUUCAAGAAAUAUGACAGGAAUGGGUUAAAUGUCUCCAUUGAAUGUAAACGAGUAUCCAGCUUGGACCCGGCCACACUUGACUGGGCUUUUGAACUGACCAAGACAAACAUGCAGACAUUGUAUGAGCAGAGCGAGUGGGGUUGGAAAGACCGGGAGAAACGGGAUGAGAUGACAGAUGACCGAGCGUGGUAUCUCGUUGCUCUGGAAGACGGUUCAGUCCCUGUGGCUUUCUCUCACUUCCGCUUCGAUGUGGAAUGUGGAGAGGAGGUCCUCUAUUGCUACGAAGUGCAGCUGGAAAGCAAAGUGAGAAGGAAAGGUCUGGGCAAAUUCCUCAUACAGAUACUGCAGCUCGUGGCAAACAGCACACAAAUGAAGAAAGUAAUGUUAACAGUAUUUAAACACAAUCAUGGGGCGUAUCAGUUCUUCAGAGAAGCUUUACAGUUCGAAAUAGAUGAUACCUCACCCAGCAUGUCUGGCUGCUGCGGGGACGACUGCUCCUACGAAAUCCUCAGCCGAAGAACAAAAUUUGGCGAGAGCCAACAUACUCACCCGGGCAAUCACUGCGGAGGAUGUUGCCAUUGAGAUCCUCUAAUCCAUGUCUCCAAAAGAACCCAGUUCUCCGCAUAAACAUGCCCCUCUUUGUUUCCCUCCCACACACCUGAUCCAGCCAUUCAUCUCUUGCUCUUCCCCCACCCCCACCCGGGAGCCAUGACAAGGGACUGUUGCAUUCUGAAUCCCAGGAUGAAAGAUCUUCCUCCGUACUGGAGGGUCUGGAAACUUAAAAGUCAUGUGUAACUCUCAGGCCUAGCCCCAGCUCUUGCUUUCCUGUGGCCUGGAACUGAAAGUUCAUAUUUCUGCAGUAAGGAAAUAGUUGCCACUUAGAAAGUGAGCGUUAGGAUUAAUUCGCUCUCCAAGCUUAAGAGGAAGAAUUGGCUUUUCAUGAGUUCUACGAAUCCAUUCCUGUGGAGGGGCCAAAUAUGUGGACUUCCUUCACUUUGUGUCGAAUGUGCACAUCUCUCCCUUGAUCGUAGCGAAGGAGGACUGCUGUUUCUCUGCAGAACUAUACAUGUGUAGUAAAUUGGCUGUGUCUUUCUUGAGAGAGCAUCUGGGGAAAAUCUGUAUCCGUUUUCAAUUCCAUUGGUUUGACACCAGUUUUUGAAGAAAAAAAAAAGGUGCUUUGUAGAGGUCUGGAACCAGUUCAUACUUAAUAUACCGUAUCUGUAAGAUUAUUACUGUAGCAGUUUCCCCCAGAUACUUGGGGAAAGCGUUGACCCAAAUCGAUCUGCUGCACCCGUUUCUUGUAAGUUGGUGAAUCGAGAUUCCUCGUGUGGUUCAGUUUGAGACGAUCCUCUGUCUGCAUGCAGCCAAACCAGAUUAAGGGUCAGCCUGCUUUCCAGUAGGGUUACAUCAGAACUUGAAUUUGAAAGUCCUGCUUGAAGGACCUAGGUGAGAUUGUAGGUGGCAAACAGCUUGCUUUUGUUCAGAUCUUUGCUUUGCCCUUAAAAGGUGAAAAAGCAUUUAUGAAUUUUGUAUCUUGUGAAGUGAGAUGGUUUGUUUUAAGAUGUUCCCCCAAACUCUCAGAUGAGCCAGGGGCUCAUGCAACACUGUGUCACGGCUUCAUCCCUGGACAAGGCGGUCCCUGCCUGUAAUUAAUCCCUUGGGUUUCAGCUCUCCCGCAAAGCACGUUGUCCUCUUCCUUCCCUAUGUGGUAGGUGGGGACUUUGCUUCUUUUACCACCUGAGUGAAUUUGAGACCCACCACUGGAUGAGACUUUUCCCUGUCCUUUGAAUGUCCUUGUGGUGGCUUCCUAUCACAGUCUAGCCCUAAACUGGAGACCCUGUAGGCUAGCUGCAGAUCUGACGGCCUGUGGCUUUCUUCUCAUAGCCCUAUGGCUGGAGGGGGUUUGAUGAGUUAUACCGACCCAGCAGGGGCCCCCCUCCCAGGUUUUAUUUCCAGAUAGCAAUCCAUUGCAGCUGCAGCCUCAGGGCCUCGCUUCUGUCUCAGGGCAUGUGUCGUUGCCUUGGCCCUUCCUGCUGAAGUGGGGGUGGGGAAAUGGGUUUUCCCAGUCUGGUCUCCAUUUGCCAAAUUCUUUUGUGGCUGGGCUUAAAAAUGUGAGGUAGUCAAUGCACCCACCCAAUGAUGCACUUUGGGUUGUUUUUUUAAAAAAAUUUAAGAGCCUGUGUUUUUUUCAUAUGUUUUGAAUCAUGGCCUUUUGGAUGAGUCGCAUCUUGACUACUGGAGAGAGAGUGACUGUAAUCUUCUCACUGCACUUGAGAUCCCCACAAAUUCAGACUUGUAAUGCAGGUCUAGGGCUAAGGGGUUAAUCUGCAAGUUCCUAUGGAUGGCUUUUACCAGGGUCAGCCAGCUUCCUGGACCCUGGAGAAAUGGGGGCAGGAAUAUAAUAGCAGGUUCUACACUGCUUGGGGGCCAGAUAGCUUCUUUCCUCCUCUCCAUACACCCCCAGCCCAGCCCCAGUUCAGUGAGGAGAUUGCUCUCUUCUGUACUCCAGAAGUUCUUCAAGAAGAAGAGUGCCUGUAUAAUGGGGAACAAGUCUGGGGAGGAUUUCCCCACCACUCCUUACCUUCCAGGUUCCUCUCCGUUGGGAAAGGAGAGCCCGGCUUUUCAGCUGUCCACACUGGGGCCAACUCUAGCUUGCAGAGAGCCAAGCACAUGAGACUCACAGGUUGUUUUCAGUCCAGCAGGCCUCUUUUUUAAUCCUUGGAAACGAGGGUACCCCAAAGGACUGAGGCAGCCCUUUGUUGUCUCAGUGGAAGGCACCCCAUAAGAUAAGAAGUUCAGCAUGACUCUUUAAGAUUGGCAAAGCAUGGCACAGUGCCUUGCCUUACCAGCUCCACUUCCUGUCUUCUGGGGAAAGGAGGGAGUAUCCAGUAGAAUGGAAGAGGUUCCUACCAUACCCAUAUCUUACCAUGUCUGAGCUCUCUCAGUGCUUCCAGCAUGGUCCAUUCACAAAUUCAAGGUACACCCCACACAGUUCUGCUGUGUUCUGCCGGCUUGUGCAAGAACAUUGAAAAUGAACAAAAAAAAAAAGGAUGGGUAAAAUGAACAACAAAAAAACCAAACCAGGUAACCAAAUGGGGGGGAAGGGAAGAAGAAAAACAUACCAUAUAUAAAAUAUCAGUCAGUUACCCAAAAAAGCUAACAUAUUAAAUCACAGAAACUUUAAUCCAAUUGUCAAUGUUAGAAAAUGGGCAUCAAAAUUCAUCAGUUUUGGUUACAUAUAUAAGUACCUUCCUCUAGUGUAGCAAAACGUUUUUAGUAAAAUUGCACUUAACACACGAGCAUGUCACAAGAUUUUUUGCUAUGACCAAGUGCAGUUGGAGCAUAAAAUACAUAUAAACAAAAAAACAUUUUAUGGUGCAUGUAAAAUUUUUAACUACUGAGGAAGGCUUCAUGGCCAAAACGCAUUUGACUUACCAGUAUUUCACAUAAGUCCCUGAUCAUAGGAAGGAUGCUUUACAAGCCUGUGAGAUCCCCAUCUGUAUAAGUGCAAUUUUACUAAAAGGGUUUUUAUAUAUUAGGGGACAGUACUUAGAUACAUUAAGGUUUGAUACCUGGUUCUUAAUAUUUACAAUUUGAUUUUUUGUGUGUGUGUGAUUCGAUAAGAGUUUUACUUUUUUUGUAAUUUGACAGUGACAAGGUUUGAACUUUUUGAUUCCCUGAUGUGCAUCUUUGCCCAUCUCAGGGCAGCAAGAAACAUGGAGCCCAGCUCUGCUUCUGGAUAACCUGUUCAGUCUGCACAAGCCAUAAGCUGGCUGAAACAGCUUGGCUGCUUUCAAAGGCAAGGCAAUGUGUUUUCCUGGAACCACAGCUCUCUGUCUAUCCAGACCUCAGCAGCCCUAAACAGGUUGGAAAAACUGCAACAGGCCCAACAUUAAUGAUUCCCACCCACACAUCCACCCCCUGGCAAUAAAUUUCCCAUUCAUCUUCCUCUCACUGCCCCUUCCUGUGGGUGGGUCCGUCUCCCUCGCUUCAGGGCAAUGUGAAUUAUCUGCCUUUACUAAGUUUAUUUAAUACUUUGUAAGGUUUUUUUUUUUUAAGGGAAGGCUUCUAAAACCACUUUUUUGAACACAUACAUACGAGGGAAUUAUUCUUCCUUGAUUUUGUGUGUUGUAAAUAUUGAGGACAGUUUCUGAAUCUUCCAAAUCUUAAAUUUUUUGACCUGUGGGUAAAUGAGAUCACCAAAUGGGUUCUCUCCCCCUCCCCAAUAAUCUAUCUGAUGUAGCAGUUUUCUAUAUCAAGUUUUGGGCUUCCUGUACCCCUCAUUCCCCACCAAUAACCAAGGGAAGAUAGAUGGGUGAGGAUAACUUGCUUGCAUUUCUUACUUCCUUCUCCCCUCCCACAACAAAGAAAAUUUGGCAUGUUUAGUACUUUUUAUUUUUUUUUAUUUUUAAGCUAUAAUCUGUGUUGUAUAGUUUUUGUGUUUCCGAUACAUAUUUGUUUUUGUUUUUUGUUCUUCCACUUUCUUCGGUUUUCAGAAGAAAUCUUAAGCUAAUUUCUUAGCAAAUAUUCUCACAGGAAUCAAAGGGAAAGAGCGGACUCCUUUUUUAAAUUCGUUAAUAAACGUUUUGUUCAGUCUUUA